AUGGCGAGCCCUGCCCGCCCGUCCCGGGACGCAUGGUGGGCCCCGCACACCCAUCUCGGGACAUGUGUCAAGCCCCAUCCGCCCGUCCCGAGAUGUGUGGCGGGCCCCACUCACCCCUCCCGGGAUGCAUGGGGGGUACCGCCUGCCCGUCCCGGGACAUGUGACGGGCCUCCCCCGCCCGUCCCAGGACAUGUGACGGGCACCGCCCGCCCGUCCCGGGACAAGUGGCAGUUACCGCCCGCCUGUCCCGGGACACGUGGCAGGCCUUGCUUGCCCGUCCCGGGAUGCAUGGCAAACCCUGUCCGCCCAUCCCUGGACGAGUGGUGGGCCUCACCCACCCAUCCCGGGACACUUGGCGGGCCAUGCCAGCCCGUCUUGGGACACUUGGCGGGCCUCACCCGAACGCCUGAUCCAGGACAUGUGGCGGGCCUCGCCCACCUGUCCCCGGACACGUGGCGGGCCUUGCCCGCCGGUCCCGGCACACGUUUCGGGCCUUGCCCGCCCGUCCCAGGACGCGUGGCGAGCCCCGCCCGCCCGUCCCGGGAUGCAUGGCAGACCCCACCCUCCCAUCCCAGGACGCAAGGUGGGCCCCGCACACCCAUCCCUGGACAUGUGUCGAGCCCCGUCCACCCGUCCCGGAAUGCGUGGCGGGCCCUACCCACCCGUCUCUGGAUGCGUGGCAGGGCCUGCCCGCCCAUCCCAGGACGCGUGGCAGACCCCACCUACCCGUCCCGGUACGCGUGGCGAGCCCCGCCCGCCCAUCCCUUGACACGUGGCGGGGACCGCCCGCCUGUCCCAUCAUAG